AGGCUGUCCAUACUCCUAUACCUAUAUAAGCAAACCAUAGAAACACAUGCUUUUCUCUUUAAGCUUUCUUGACUCUCAUCAAUGGAAAGACUAUUAUGUCAUUCUCUUCUUGCACUUUUUCUUUUUGUGUUUUGCUGUAAUGAGAUUUUGUCUGUGAGGGCAGAGAAUGGAUACAUAUCGGCGGUUGGCGAUCCAGGAAUGCGAAGGGACGGGCUGAGGGUGGCAAUAGAAUCAUGGAAUCAGUGCAAUGAGGUUGGCGAAGAAGCUCCAGUCACUGGGAGUCCAAGGCUUGCUGAUUGCUUUGACGUCUAUAAAACAUCUCCACUUUCGAAAGAAACAAAUUGCUCGCUUUGCGACAUGAUUCCUUACUUGUUAGUCCACAGAGUCACGCCAGAAGACAACAAGUUAAGGACAGGUGAUCCUUUUCUAGGACUCUCAUCACAGGCCCUAUUCAACCCAGAUCUUUAUGCUGCAGAAAAAGAACUGUAUUUGGGCUUAAAAUGCCAAGUUGAAGACCCCCCAAAUCCAUGGCAAUUCUGGAUGAUCAUGCUCAAGAGCGGAAACAUGGACACUUUUGCAGCCAAGUGCCCCAAAAAUGGUGUCAAAGUGGGGCCCUUUGGACCCGACAAUGGCUUCCCCUGUUUUGGACAGGGGUGUAUGAACCAACCAUCUAUUUUCCAUGACUACACCAAAUUGGUGGGCCCUAAUACGGCUGCUCUUAAGGGGAAGUUUCAUGGGACCUGGGAUUUGGAUGCUAAUUAUGAUUUAAGUGGGGGAUUAGGGGUAGUUAGAGAUGUUAAUAUUUCUUACCAUUCUGUGACAUGGGAGAAGGAGAUUGGGAAGGGAAGUUGGGUUUUUCAUAAUGUCUUGAGGACUUCGAAAAAGUAUCCUUGGUUGAUGCUUUACUUGAGAUCUGAUGCCACGCAUGGCCUUUCUGGUGGAUACCAUUACCCGACAAGAGGGAUGUCCAAAAUUAUUCCCGAAUCACCCAACUUCAAAGUAAGAUUCAGCCUUAACGUGAUCCAAGGCGGGGGUCCCAAUAGCCAAUUCUACCUUACAGACAUCGGCGGCUGCUGGAAGAACGACGGCAGGCCCUGCGACGGCAAUGUCGCCUCCGAUGUGACCCGCUACUCUGAGAUGAUCAUUAACCCUAACAUCACGUCCUGGUGCCGCCCCGACAACCUCGGCCUCUGCCCGCCGCUCCACACGUUCCCCAAUGGCACCGUCGUCCGCCGCCACGACACCGCUCGUUUCCCUUACUCUGCCUACCACAUGCACUGCUCCCCCGGGAAUGCAAAACACCUAGAGGAGCCUUAUAGUCUUUGUGAUCCGUACAGUAAUCCUCAGCCUCAGGAGAUUCUCCAGAUUAUGCCUCACCCUGUUUGGGGUGAUUAUGGUUAUCCCACAAGGCAAGGGGAGGCUUGGAUUGGGGAUCCAAGAACUUGGGAGCUCGAUCUUGGGAGGUUGUCACAAUCGCUUUAUUUUUAUCAGGACCCCGGAAGUCAGCCGGCUAAAAGAAAAUGGACCUCUAUAAAUUUGGGAACUGAGAUUUUUAAAGACCCAAAUCAAGUUGUUGAGUGGACUGUAAGCAACUUUGACAUCCUUGUACCUACAUCUUGAGGAUUUAGAGAAUACGUCUUAAACAAAAAGGGUAGAAUUUAAAAGAUGUGCCUUUGCAGUUUUGGUUUAUGAUGUCUUUCUCAUAUCUCCUUUCUUUACUUGGGAAAUUUGUUACUUCUUUGAUAGGGUCCAAAAGAUACAAGGAUUAGCACUUUUUGUGCUCUUCUUUUGGAUCACUCUUGAAAGCUUAGCAUAUUCUCUGCCCAUCUUGUUUGGUUUGUAAAGCAGCAAUUAGUGAUCUAUAUCAUCCCCAUUUCAUUGUUUUUAAAAAUUUCUACAAGUUAUUAUGGCUCCAAUUUUAUGUAUCUUGAUAGUGGCCAAGUUACAUAAUUGACACUUGCUUCGUGUUACUAAA